CUUCCAAACGCAUUCUCUUGGCUAGCAUCACCAUCCUUGCAACCAUGGACAUUUCGGGAAACGCAUUGGUCGUUGGCGGGGGCAGCGGCAUUGGUAGGGCGUGUGCCAUCCUCUUUGCGAAAGAAGGCGCCGCCGGAGUUCUGGUUGCCGAUGUUAAUCUCGAGGCGGCAACUGAGGUCGCAGCCGAGUGCAGAGCUGCGGCUACAAACGAACAGUUCCGUGCCGUGGCGGUCCAUGUCGACAUUACCCAAGAAGAUUCGGUACGAACCGUCAUGGCUCUCAUGGCCGAGAUCUUCGGGCGUAUGGAGUACUGCGUGAACUGUGCCGGGAUCGGGGCCCAAGAGGGUGUCGAUAUCGCGGGGAUUUCAUUGGCCGAGUUCCAGAGGUUCCUCGACGUGAACACCACCGGGAUGUUCCUGGUAACGCGGGAGGCAUCUAUCCUCAUGCGGGCCCAGGAACCCUUGCCCGUCUCGAUCUCUUCGCCUGGCAGGGGUGUCUCGCGCGGCUCCAUAGUCAACCUAGGCUCAGGGUGUUCCGUGAUCGCCACGCCCGGCAUUCUCCCCUACACCACUUCGAAACAUGCAGUUCUCGGUUUGUGCAAGAACAGCGCGCUCGAUAAUGCACCUUAUGCCAUCAGGGUCAACUGCGUCUGCCCUUCGUGGACUGACACACCCAUUGUUCGGCGAGCCAUGGACGGCGUGGAAGGUCUGGCUAAGCUCAUCGAAGCUGCCGUUCCCAUUGGCCGGAUGGCAUUGCCGGAGGAAGUUGCGGAUGCCGUUAUCUUUCUGAGCAGCCCGAGAUCUAGCUAUGUGACUGGCUGCGGCUUCAUCAUCGAUGGCGGCACCACUGUUACCGCAAUGCGAUAGAAGGAGUCCAGAUUGUUUCUCGGUUCAACGUGGGUAGCUAGGCGGCAGUUGUCUUCGAGGGUUACAAAUGUCGUAGCGGCUGGGCCAGAGGGGGUGCACUACACAGGUAAGACAAGCUAGGGAAGCAGAUUCAAGAAUACACGUCCAUCUUCGCCUCUUUUUGCCGCGUCCGCUUAACAGCCGAAGCAAAGAUUAGACGGCCAUCUAUUCUCUUAGGAUGGAAAGUAUCUGGGUAUAUAUAUUAAAGAAAAC